AUGGCAUUGGAAGAUUUGAAUGCGGACAUUUCGAAAGCUUUUGAGGACCUUCGCAAUAUUGAAGAUUCUAUAACUGCUUUGGGAAGGAACGAAAGAUUUGGGAUUGUUCGGAGGCGUUUCUCAGAUGGACCACAUGAUUCUUACGCAACGGAUAGGUAUGACACGCGUACAGUAAAUUAUGGCGGAGUGGGAGUGGCUAAUAAAAGACGUUUAGUCAUAUCCGCAGACAAUGAACCUGAUUUUAGCUUGUAUGAUGGCCCCGGUGCAGGAAAAAGAGCUCGCGAUGAUACUGUGGAGGAAGAAACCAGACGCACUGUCCAGUCUUCAGUAGUUAUGCCGACUAUAGAAACUAAAUCUCGAGAGGCAGCCAUAAAUGAGUUAAAGGGGCAAGAAAAAAGAGAAGUGAGCGUAAGAAACCGGCGUAUGUUUUCCAAUUUACUGCUUGGCACUCUACAACGAUUCCAAAAGGAAGAAAAGAAAAUUUCUUCAACCGAAAAAGUUCAGGCGGAAAAGCAGGAGGAGGUAGAAAGGCGUUUACGCGAAACAGAAAUGGAAGAAAAGGAAAGGAUUGCGAAAGAGCGCAUGGAACUGCUUGAGAAAAGGCGUGAAAAAGAGCGUCAAAUAAAGGCCUUGCAAAGGAAGAAAGCAAUUAUACAAUAUGCAGAGCAAAAGUUGGAGCAUCUUCGCAAAUUAAAGAAUUUUAUCCAAACCCAAGCCAAGCCUUCUAUCUUUUAUAUGCCGUCGAAACACACAUUAAGAACGCUGGAGUUGUUGAAGAAUACUAGUAAAUUAAUGGAUGAUCGUAUUGAGCAUCGCCGACGUCAGAUGGAGGAAGAGCUGAAAACUCCUGAGGAAAGGGAGAAAAAAGCUGACGUCAAAGGGGACGAAGAUGAGAAUAAUGGUGUUAGCAGUGUGGGUGUACAGUCUGAUGCUCGAAGCACUGAGGAGAGUAAAACUGAGAACGCCUCCGAAAACGAGAAAAAGGCGGAAGACCCUUAUGAAGAAGAAAAAAUGAAUGGUUCCGUUAGACAAGACAAAAGUGAGGAUGAGGAGGAACAAACGGCAGAUUCAGACGAUGCAAAGGGCGAUCAGGAUUCAAAGAGAAGAGAAUCAGGUAAGGUAUCAGAGGAGGUAAGAAAGUCGAGUGAGGAGAGAAGUGAGCACUCAAGCAGAUCCAGUGACGAAGAUUAA